CAAAUCAUCUCCACCUAAACCCUCAACAAAACCUUGCAUUGCUCGCUGCUGCUGCUACCUGAAGGUAAAACCAUGGCGUCCAUUGAUCCAUCCAUGAAGAAGAAAAAGAAGACGAAGACGAAGACGAAGACAUCACGAAACGGCGUCGCAGAUAUCAAAACCCUAGGUGAACAGUUACUCUCAUCCGCAUCACACAUCAACAACCUCCCUCUCCUCCUCACCUUCGUUUCCCCUUCUUCACCACCUCGCGACCUCAUCGAAUCGCUCAUCUCCCUCCACUCCUUCUUCCUCCCUCAACUCCCUCAGCUCCCUUCCUCCGCCGCCACCGCCUCCGACGCCGACGACCCGUCGCAGUUCAUCUACCUCACCUGGCUGCGUUCCAAGUUCGACGAGUUCCUUAAGUCGCUCAUCGAUGUCCUCGCCUCGCCGCAAUCCGAUGAAGAAGUUAAGGAGCCUGUGUUGGAUACCUUCAUGGAGUUUAUCAAGGUGGCUAAUGGUGGCUCCUUCCACUCUGCUUUGUAUCACAGGCUUCUGCAUAGUAUUGUUCACUCUACUAGUUCACCUGCAUUUUUGGUGGAUUUACUUGCAUCAAAGUAUUUCAAGUAUAUCGAUGUCCGUUAUUUUACCUUCAUAAGCCUAGAAAAACUCAUUAGAACGAUGGAGGGAAAAGAUAUCUCAGGUGCAUAUCGCACAGAUGAAGAUCAAUUGAGCUCAAAUAUGGAGUAUGUCAUCGACAAUUUGUAUUACACACUGUCACAUGUCCCCCCUCUUGAAGGAUCGGAUAAUACAUCUGUUUUAGAAAUGUGGAGCAGAUCAGAAAGUGAUCAAAAGCAGCUUUCUGGAGAUAUGGAUGAAGAUGGUAAGCAGCUGAAUCCCAAGAAGCUUGCCAAUAAUGUAUUAUCUGCAGCCAAAAUAGCAAAGAAGAUGAAAUUAAAAUUUACGAAAGCAUGGAUUGCGUAUCUUAGAUUGCCACUUACACUUGAUCUGUACAAAGAGGUUCUCGUUAACCUUCACCAAGCAGUAAUUCCUCAUCUGUCUAAUCCCAUCAUGUUAUGUGAUUUUUUGACAAGGUCAUAUGACGUGGGUGGUGUAGUCAGUGUGAUGGCUCUUAGCAGCCUCUUUGUCCUAAUGACCAAGUAUGGAUUGGAAUACCCAAAAUUCUAUGAAAAACUAUAUGCCCUCUUAGUUCCAUCUAUCUUCUUGGAAAAACAUCGAGCAAGGUUUUUCGAGCUUCUUGAUUCUUGCCUCAAGUCACCACUUCUUCCAGCUUACCUGGCUGCUUCCUUUACGAAGAAAUUGAGUAGGUUGUUGCUUUCGGUUCCUCCUUCAGGGGCAUUGGUUAUCACAGCUCUGAUCCACAAUGUUUUGCGUAGACAUCCUUCAAUCAAUUGUUUGGUGCACCGGGAAGACGCUGUUGAUGAAGGGAAAGGUGAUCAAAGAACAGAUGAAGUAAUUUCUGCUGACUCGGACAAUGCCAAGACUAGUAUCACGCCCUGCCAGAAAUCAGGCAUUGACCACUUUAACAUUGACGAAACUAAUCCUGUGAAGUCAGGCGCCAUGAGAAGUUCUCUUUGGGAAAUUGAUACUGUUCGUCACCACUACUGCCCUUCUGUCUCAAGGUUUGUGUUGUCUCUGGAGAAUGAUUUGACAGUCAGGGCCAAAACAAGUGAAGUUAACGUUGGUGAUUUUAGUGCCGGUUCAUAUGCAACAAUAAUUGGAGCAGAGAUAUCACGGAGGGUGAAGCAGGUUCCCCUAGCAUUCCACAGAACAAUUCCACCCUCUUUGUUUUCAGAGAAUGAUUUUGCUGGUUGGACUUUCGAUUGUGGAGAAACCCCAGAAAGUAUCAAUGACAAUGAGAACGCUACUAAAGAUUUAUCAGAACGCGAACACUGUUCUGCGAAAAGACAACGAAAUAUGUAGGUAAUUUAUCUCCAUUCUUUUGGUGGGUAACGAUUGAAGUAUAAGCAUGUAACAUUUAUUCUUAUUUAUUACACCAUAAGCAAAUAGCAUAGGUCUGUUAUUUAUUCAUGUCUACUAUAAUGUGGGCUGAAAAGUGUGUGAAGCCCAAAAUGUCACUCCCACUCUUCAAGUUCACAUUUUUUUUUUGAAAUAUCCAAUCUGGCCUCUGGCCCUCCUUUUUAUUUCAA